GGGAGUGAAGUAGGAGAGUGGGGAGAGUGAGAUGGUGCCAGAUAAACAAAGCAGAGUUGUGGAAGAAAGGCGAAGACGUUUUAGGUGAAGGAGGGAGGGAGUCCCAGCAGCCGCCGGAGCAGGGAGACAAAGUGCUGAGGAGGUGGUAAUGCCAACACGCAUUUCAUGCGGAGAUCGAUGCGUGUUAAAUGUUAAAUCAUCUAGGCGAGUACUGUAGAAUCCCCUUUUAUUACUCAUCAUCUCACCCGUUUUCUCUCUCCGCCUUUGCCUGUCUGUUGCUUUUCUUUGCUCUGUUGUUUGUCUGGACCUGAUCGGUCUGAAGAGAGCGCGGACUUGCAUCUCAGUGUGUGCCCAGAUCUGACUUUGCCUUUCAUCCUUCGCCCUAUUUGCCCUCGUUCUCUGGAUAGCUUCUGUAGUUGUCUCCUCGCCCUGGUUUUCAAUCGAUAUCGAACAUCGUCGGUCGCUGCAGGUUUCCGACCGGAAAUCAUUAGGCUAGCGACCGCUCUCGCUUCCCUAGUUUGCUAGACCGGUUGAUUUGAUGGAGACCUCUUUGUUGGCCGGGAAAGUGAACAUACCAAACCCUUGUGCUGUGCCUUCGGUACCCAGUUCCGCUUCUGUUACCGGGUCGAUGGCUAUGACAUCAUCUUUCCUGGGAUCGCCCUUUCAGAGAAUUGGUGUCAUGAAGACGUUGUGCAAGGGAGGCAACCGGAUGGUGCAGGUAAGAGCGUCGGACAGUGCUGCGAAAAGGGUGGUUCCUUCUUAUGCGAACUAUGCUGUUCCCAUCGAGAAUCAGAAUACAUCUUCGUUCAUCACCAGACCGCUCGCAGAAAUUUUACGCGAUAUGAAUAAGAGAGUGCCUGACAAGGUGUUGAAGGUUAGAAUGGAUGAGGGUGUCCCUCUUAAAUACAUUCCUUGGUACCAUGCCAAUCGGAUGCUCAGUUUUUAUGCUCCAGGUUGGAGUGGCGAAGUCCGGAACAUCACUUUUUCGAGUGACGGCAAAACAGUUUCAGUCGUGUAUCGUGUCACAAUUCGAGGUUUAGACGGAGAGGCUUGGAGGGAAUCAUCCGGAACAGCUACUUUGGACGACGUGCAUUUUGGAGAUCCUGUGCAAAAGGCAGAGGGGAUGGCAUUUCGCAGAGCCUGUGCGCGGUUUGGCCUGGGAUUGUACUUGUAUCACGAAGAUGAAACUCCUUGAGUGUAGUCUUCUUCCUUUUGUCUUAGGUAUUAUACUGCGAAGCCUGUUUAGAGAGAGGUACGAUCUGAGGUUGAAGGUGUGAAAAAAAGGACGGCUACCGGCUCUAGUGAAAGGCAUGUGCACUCAUGUGGUAUAUGCAGACCAUGAUACGUGUGUAAUAGAGGGUCACCACGAGUAGUUGGAUGUACAUUUUUAGAUUGAUGUUCAGAUGAGACGAAUGUCAAUCCUGCUGACGACAUAUUGUUUGGUAUUGGGACGGAGUGUCCCAAUAUUGAGGGGUACGCAUCGAAGACGAUGUUGGACAUUGCUAUGAACUAGCUAGCUUACAGAUAUAGCCAGAUCCUGUAUAUUUGCCAGCGCAGAAGUUCUGUGUGAUUAGAUUCUUAAGGCCAUGUAUGCGGCAUAUCUCUGUGUAAAAGAAUGGGAUGCUCAUCUAUUCUUGAUCUCUUCAUCACCUUGCAACGAGUAGUACCAUCGUUCGCUUGGAAGCUUUCAUCAAUCUGGUCCUGAACUCGACAAUAUGUCCAUGUACUUUAAGUAUUUUUUAUUUGCGAUUAAUGCCUCC